CAACUGGAAUUCUCAUUAAAGAUUGGCAAUUUUAAAUUUGUUUGGUUUGUUUCGGCUGGACUGCAAAUCUGUUUUGGAACCUCCCGCUCGAUGGUUUUCUUUUGUAAGUUUGUUUUUUGCUCAGUUUUAGUUCUUUGUGUAGUGUACAGUGCUCCUGUUAAUAAGAAAGCAAACUGUAAAGAUGAUUACGAUGGGUACCAGGUAGUGGAACUAAAAGUAGGGCAAGACAUUCACGACCCAGUGGACCAAGCUCUGAAAACACUUCAAUCAGAGGGGAAAGUAAGGAUCCUGAGUAUGAGCGGACACAAGGGGUUUGUGUUCGGAUACAAGGUUAACAUCCUGAUUUCUAACAUCACAUCCUUCAAUGACUCAAUCAGGACUGAUUUCCCCUUCAUCUAUCAGUCAUAUUUGAUUGAUGUUAAGUUUGUUGCAGUAAGCAAGCUGAUCAGGGAAAAUGGGGGAAGACCGCCCAUCGAGGAAUACCGAAAUGAUGAAGAAGAUCAAGCUAAUCAUAAAGCUGACAUAAUUGCAUCAAAUUUUAUAAAUGUUCACCUUCCAAACCUGAAUCAAUACAUCCCUCCCACAGAACCCCCUACACCACUACCCCACUCAAAACAAUCUGAUGAAAUGUUCGGGUUCCACUCAUAUCAUACCAUACAUUCCAUCUACAAUCACUUGGAGGAACUCAGCAGACACCAUUCUGAUGUUUUAGAACUGUUUGAGUUGGACGGUGAGACGUACGAAGGUAGAAAGCUACGAGGAGUAAGGGUAACCAAUGGUGUGGGAAGCUCAGCGUCACGUGAUAAACCCAUGGUGUAUCUAGAUGGUGGUAUACACAGUAGAGAGUGGAUCUCUCCUGCUACAGUUAUGUACCUGAUAGAGGGUCUGAUAGGACGGAGAGAGCAGGACAAGUCAACACAGACAGAUGCUCUGAGAGAAACGUUCCAGUUUGUUCUCAUACCGGUGACUAAUCCUGAUGGGUAUAUUUACUCUCGGGAGGAAAGAAUGUGGAGGAAGACAAGGAAACCUGCGGGGUGUCAGUAUAAUCUGAGGGAUUGUAAUGGAGAGUGUUUGUUGAAGGUUUGUUAUGGAGUUGAUGCAAACAGGAACUGGGAUAUGGACCACGCGGCUAAGGGCGGAAGUAAUGAGCCUUGUGAUACCUCAUUUCCGGGGAGCGCACCGUUUGAUCAAGAUUGUGUUGUUAUUAUCAGGGACUUUCUGUUGAACCACAAGGAAAAGAUAGUCUUGUCCAUAUCCUACCACAGCUAUAGUCAGCUGUUUCUGUACCCCUGGGGUUACACUAAAAGCCCCUCCCCUCACCUUACUCACCACACUAAAGUAGGGGAAGCAUUUGCACGUGCUGUUGCUGCGCGCCAUGGCGUGCACUACAAAAACCACCCUGUAGUGAACAUUUGGCAUGACAGGUUCCCUGGUAGUUGGUAUGAAGUGAGUGGCACUUUAAUCGACUGGGUGCACCACCGCCUGGGUGUGGUGGAUAGUUACGGGAUUGAACUGAGGGAUGAGGGCCGUCAUGACUUCAGACUACCUGUUAAUCAGAUAUUAGCUACUGGGGAGGAGAAUUUUGAUGGUUUGCUUGCGGUUGUUGAUAACAUUGCUUAUUAUGGUGCACCAUAAAUUUAAAUUUAGGUAUAUGGGUUUGUGCUCUUUUGAGGAGGGGGAAAGAGAUUUUGGGAUUAUUUCUAGUGACAGUUUUUGAUGUUAAACUCUGUCAGUAUGAUUUGAGUGUUUUACAACGAUACCUUAAGUUACUUUCAGUAUAAUAUUGAUCGCUUAAUGACCGCUUUGCUGUUUUAUCCAUAAAUAUGUUAUGUUUGACAUCAGCAGCUGCAUCAAGCAUGUGAUAAACCUUAAUCUUUGGCCAUAUUAAAGCCAAAGAAUUAAUUAGAUAUUAUGUAAACAAGUCAUGUUAGCAAAGAAAAUUAGAUUGCAAUUGAUUUCACGAUCAGAGUGAAUGCCAUUAAAUUAAUGUCAAUUUUGUGAAAUAUCUUGGUGGAGUGUCAAUAUUUUUUUCUAAAUACUUCC